AUGAGCUCGGGCGACGCUGUGUGCAUGGGCUGGCUCGUCAAGUCGCCCCCCGAGAGGAAACUGCAGCGCUACGCAUGGCGGAAGCGCUGGUUUGUCCUCCGGCGGGGCCGCAUGAGCGGCAACCCUGAUGUCCUGGAGUACUACAAGAACAAAAACUCCAGCAAGCCCAUCCGCGUGAUAGACCUCAGUGAGUGUACAGUGUGGAAGCAUGCAGGCCCUGGAUUUGUUCGGAAGGAAUUUCAGAAUAAUUGCGUGUUUAUUGUUAAGACGACUUCUCGUACAUUCUAUCUGGUGGCCAAGACCGAGGAAGAAAUGCAUGUGUGGGUACGCUGCAUCAGUAAGGUCUGCAACCUCGGCCACCUGGAGGAUGUUGCAGAUCCCGUGGAGAGCCUCUCUCACAUGCCCUCCUCCCUGCAGCCAUCCCCUGCCAGCUCCCUUCACACCGCCCAUGCUGUCAGCUCCUCCUUGCCAAAAGAUGACCCAAGUACUAAUACCGUAGCCACUGAGGAAACCAGAAGUGAGUCAGAGUUUCUCUUCCUUCCUGAUUAUCUGAUUCUGUCCAACUGUGAGAGUGGAAGACUGCACCAUGCCAGUCUACCCAGCAGAUGUGAAAGCUGCUCAAACUCAGAGCGUUCAUUGGAACAGACUUCAUCCGAUGAUGUUUUUGUUGACUGUGUGCAGCAGCUGCCCUCCAGUAACUUGGUCCACCCCUCACCUCGUGGGAAUGGAUCUCAGGAGGCAACUUCCACAAGGCCUCAGGCUGCCCUGAUCUGGAAUAGAGAUAUCAAUGGGCCGUCCAGGGACCACUUUUCUUCACCACUACUGGAAACUUCCUUAAAUUCCACCAUUCAGGUAGAUAAAAACCAAGGUUCCCUGCCCUAUAGGUCAAAAGAACUAGACAUUAUAUCCAUCACGCCACCUCCCCGUCCCCCUAAGCCAAUCCAUCUCUGUGAACGGCGCCAAGAGGAGCAGCUCCUGUGGAGUAGGCAUGGCAGCAUCAAGAAGCCAGAAUGCACCAUGGCACCAAGAAGAAUCUCUCUCUCUGGUUUAGAUACCAUGAGAACCUGGAAAGCUGAUGUAGAAGGCCAAUCCUUAAGACACCAAGACAAGCGGCUUAGUUUAAAUUUGCCAUGCAGGUCCUCCCCAAUGUACCCUACAGCCUCAUCCAGUGCCGAAGACAGCUAUGUGCCCAUGCGCCCCUGGGCCGGAGCCUCUUGUCAUGGAUCCCAGUGCAACUCCGAUGACUACAUCCCAAUGAACUCAGGAAGUUUUUCCAGCCCACUGCCUAAGCUACCUGCCAACCUGGAGCCUCCCCCAGUGAAUAGAGAUCUCAAGCCUCAGAGGAAACCACGACCACCUCCCCUGGACCUGAGAAACCUCUCUACUAUCCGGGAACAUUCAUGUCUAACCAGGACUCACACUGUGCCUUGCAAUCGGACAAGCUUUCUCUCUCCAGAAAGAAAUGGUAUUAAAUCUGCAAGACUUUUUGCCAAUUCUGUUUCCAGAGAAGAGGAAGGAAGCUGCAUCCAAAUGAAGCAACACCGAACUGCUAACUCUGUGAACAGUAGUACUCUGAUAUGGAAAAAGAAAUGCAGCCUGGAUUAUUUAUCUCUGGACUUCAAUACAACGUCACCAUCCCCUGUACCACGGAAAGUUCUCCUUUCAGAAGACCAAAGAGUAGACUAUGUCCAAGUGGAUGAGCAGAAGACGCAAGCUCUCCAGAACACAAAGCAGGAGUGGACGGAUGAGCGUCAAUACAAAGCACCUCGGAAGCUCGGCUUGGCAGAGAUUGUUUCUCCCACUUUGAAGAAAAGAAAGCAGAACCAGAGGAGGGCGCACUUUGCCCAGGAUCACUCAUGGAGCUGAGAUACAGAGUCAGGCUUAGGAUAGAGUUGGCCAGACUGCCCACUGCGGGCUCAUUCCACUGUCUCACAAUGCUUCUGAUGAUUUUGAUGAAAUCAAUCAGUUUGGUCCACCUUGGAGACCUGUGGGAAACACGUACAGACAUGAGAUGAGUCAUCAUCUCCUCUCCCUUUCAUAGGAUUUUGAGCAGGUGCUUUUAUACUUGAAAGUUAUGUGUGUCAAGCCAGGGUUUCUUUGAGUGUUGUUCAAACGGGGCACUCUAACUUAAUCAGUAAUUACCAUUAGAAAUACCUCCUGAUGAUCAAUGUGAAAUCCAUUCUUGGAUUGUGUGGUCCCCUUGCAAUUAAUUGUUGCCACCAUCGGAAGGCACAAAUUGUCCCUGGCUCUUCUAUGCUGGACCCAAGCUUGUCAGUGAUAAAGAGUUAUAACUAGGAAAAAAACACAAACAAAAAAACAAUGAGUUGCAUUCUCAGGUUUCCUGGCUAAUUUUUCCCUUCUGCUUUAGUGGUGACUGGGUCCUGAGAGUGCAAACAUUUCCUCCUUGCAGUGAGGGCAUUGUUUCACCCCUUCCUUUAUGGGGCACUGGGGUUCAGGGGACUCAGGGGAAAGUCUCAGUCAGGCACGGGUUUUACUUAAUGCCGCUCCUUGAUCCUUCUGAACACCUAUGGCCAGAAGACAGAUCUGCAUAACUGGCAAUUAAGCAGAUACUGGUCCUCCAUUUCGACUGGCACUGUGUCUUAUAAUAUGAGAAUGGAUCAAAUAGGCCAGGGGUUGGCAAACUGCGGCUUACGAUCCACA